AUGACAUUAAAUCAAUGUGGAAAAUGUAUUGGAUUUGCUGAAAUAAUUUGGGGAAUGUUUGUCUUUUUUUCACCCUACUUGAACCUCAAUCCAAUGACAUGGCUGAAAUGUUGUUGAUUUCUCUUUGAAUUCACAUUAGCUGACAACUCAAUCAAAUGUAAAUCAACACUAGGUGUGGAACUGACGUCUGUGCCCAUUGGACAAAUGCUUAAUUUAUUGUUAAUUUGUUUUGAACAGAUCAAUUAUCUUUAACUAAUGUUUUUAAAUCAUAGUCCAAGUUCAUUCGAAAUAGUUAAACAAAUCAAAAGUCCAUGUCAUGUUUAUGACCAUCAUGAUUUGAACUUGCAUUGUGAAAGACUGUAGGCUCUACAGUAUAUUUUUAUAUGCUGAAUAGUGUGCCUUGUACUUCAUUAAGUCGUUGUCCUCUCCCAACAGGUCAGAAACCAAAUAUUACAGUCAGUUUGAGAGAGAACCUCAUCAUCACCUGUUUAAUUCCUGGCUCUGUCAGUUAUGACACCACCUGUAACCUGUAUGUUGGAGAGCAGAGUAAGCGUAUUUUUAGAGCACACAUCAGGAAGACGAAACACACAGAUUCCAAAUGCUGGUUCUGUCAAUUCGCUGUGGCUGAGAGUGAUCUGAUCAGACGUCUUCAGUCAGUGAGGAGUAAGGAGGUGAGCUGUGACUACGGAGUGAGCUCAGGACCAAACUCUCUCUCUCAACGCAGUGAUGCGUACAACUUUACAGAUUUGACUGUUAGUCCUACCUUGACAACUGACACCCCAAAGAGUCCAACUGAGAGAGGUCAAAGCUCCACAGACAGUGUUGUGAAUUCAAACAGUCAAAAAAUAGUUUUGGCGGUGCAAUUAUGGCAGACAGCAGUGGGUAUGGCUUCUGGAGUGGGCGUGUUCCUGAUGGGAUUAACAAGAAAACCAAUUCUCAGAGGUGAUUUGGUGAUGGGAGCUAUGAGCAGUGCAGGCAUGUUGGAUUCAAGGGAUGCUGGGAUCUAUUCUCUCAUCACUUAUGUACCGUCCACGUUUUUGCCCUCAGGUCCUGUGCAGCAAUAUGCAAAUGAUGCUGAUUCAGAGAAUGCAGGGGUCUACAGCCUGAUCACUUCUGUACCAUUCACAUCUGUACCACCAGGUUUGUCUAUUUAACUCUAUCCCAUAGAUUCAUAUCAUGUAGAGCUUUUUAUAGGACUCAAAGUUGUUUAGGCUUGGAUUUUGGUCUGAGGUAGUCAUAUCAGUAACCAUGUAUGUAUAUAAGUUAUACAUAAGAUAAUGUGUUAGAGCAUGAGAAUAGAGCUGUACGUCUACAGGAUGGUUUGAGUCAGGAGUAGAAGUGUAAAGUGACACGCAGAACCACACCCACAGUGACGCGCACACACACACACACACACACACACACACACACACACACACACACACACACACACACACACACACACACACACACACACACACACACACACACACACACACACAGGCUCCCUCUGUGUUGUACAGGUCCUUUAAAAGAAAAUGAAAAUCUGUCAUCUGAAAACGACAAUGUAAGUUAGAAUCACCCACUGUGUUUGGUGAUUGUUAACGACUCUCAGUUUCAGAUUGAUGUUACAUCCUUUUAAAUGACAUUACAUUUACAGU